AUGAACCCACCAACCCUCUCUUCCUCUCCUCGUCUAAGCCACAAUAACAACCUGACGACACUGGAACAAGAAACACAUUUUCCCAAACGAUCUCUAUCACCUCCUCUCCGCUCGGUGGCUUCCAACCAACAGCACCCAAGUUGUACUUUCAUUUAUUCCAACAACAACAACAACAAGUUUCAUUCAUCUUCCUCACCCUUAUCUCCCUCCUCCUUAAUACAACUACAACAUCGAAAUCAUCAUCACGACAUGCAAUUACCGCCUUCCUCCUCUACUUCCAUCCCAUCAAACCAUGUCAUCUCAAAAAACCACAACUCUCCGAAAAGAAUACAAACUCUAAUGAUCUCUUCUCUCAAUGAGCCUCACAUUGUGUCUGCACCUUCGUCGGUUAGAUCUUCUUUAAUUUCUCCAAAUACAUUACUGACCAUGUCAGGUGGAUCGAAUACAAGUUCUGUAACUACGACUCCCACUCAACAAUUACCACCACACCACUCCCAAGCUUCUCAUUCCAACAUCUCACCCUUGAAUCCAUCUCCUUCUCACUUUUAUUCUUCUCAUCCUCCGAAUUAUGUUCAUCGAAUCAAAUCCUCCAUUGAUUCCAAACACAACAAAAUACCAUGGGAAUUACCAAUGAUCAAUCGAGUGAUUCGAAUUCAAAGUGCUCCUCGAGGAUACAAUAAUUUCAAGAACAAUCCAAUCCUUUCGAGACCCACAGGCACCUCCUCUCAAAGCAAACAGCAAGAAAAAAAUGUACAAAACGAGCCUUCAAUUUGCAGUGGCAGCGAUUCGGAGAUGAUUGAUGAUGACAUUCUUGAUCAUGAAUUUGAUGAUUAUAACAGCAAUGAUGAAGUACAAUUUGAUGAAAGUGAUAUUCAAGAAAGAAAUGAUACAUUACUUGAUGAUUCCUUAAAAUCUUUGAAACCAACAACACCCUUGAAGGAUCCAACAAAUAUUUCAAAGAAAUUAAUGAAUCAUGAAAUUAAUCAUGAAAACAUUGAAGAAGCAUCCAUGAAACAUGUAGAAGAAGAAACAUCAAUGAAACAUUCUAGCAAGUCUAAAUUAAGAAAUGAAGAAUUGAUGGAUCCACACACUCAACAUUUGAAACGACCAACAUCUCUGAAAAAUAAUUUAUACAUUUCAUCUCCCAUUCCACAUCGUAGUAGAACAAAUCCUUACAAUGAUUGGUAUUAUGAUGAAGGAGAGGGUGGAGGUGAAGCUGAUAUUCAUUCAAGUCUCAACAGUAGUAUGAGUAGUACACGAAGAAAUGAAAGUGAUGAAACCAAUGAGAUCAUUUCUACUCAUCAGAAGAGAAGUUUGAAUACACGCCGCCAUGACACAACUAGUCAUCAAAAUAUAGUUGCGGUGAAUACAAGAAUAGGUUCUAGCAAAUUAAAUAACUCGAAUAAUACUCGCUCAAGUGCUGGAGGAGGAAAUAUUGAGAGUGAUAUUGAUAUGAUACUUGAAAAACCAUUACCACAUCCAGAACAAGAAUUGGAGCAUGUCAUGGAUUCUCUGUCCUCCAGUGAUUGGGAAAGUCAAUUAUCUGGAGUGAUGAUUGUAAUUCGAUUAUCAAAGUUUAAUUCAGAUUUAUUAGAGGGUAAAAUAAGAGAAAUCAUUCCAAAUUUAACCAAAUUAGCAUCUUCUCUGAGAUCUUCCAUUUCUAAAACUAGUCUCAAAUGUUUUGAAGAAUUAUUUAUCAAUAAUCCAAAAUCCAUGGACUUGGAAUGUGAUACAAUCAUUCCAAUACUAUUGAAAAAAACAACAGACACAAACAAAUUCAUUAGUACGAAUGCAACAGAUGCUUUGAUUCAAAUGAUACUUAAUACACAAUGUAUUGAGAGAAGUAUGAAUUGUGUCAUGAAUCAAAUAAGUGGAAUGAAACAUGCGACUAUACGAAGUGUUAUUGCUCGAUUGAUUUAUGAAGGUGUGAAUUAUCGAUUGAAACAUUCAUUGUAUUCUAAUUCUAUUAUUGGUAGUAAUCGUGGUUUCAGUAGCAGCAGUGGUACGAAUAGCAGUAGUAGUGGAACCACUAGCUCCUCCUCCAACAAACGAUUCCUUUCAAAACUAUUUCAAAGCAUUGGAGAGUUGUCGAGAGAAGGAAAUUCUGAAUGCAGAAAUUGGGUGAAACAAUCUGUGCUUUCUCUUUAUCAUUUCUACAAUGGAAGCAUGAGUGACUUUAAAAAGAUGAUUCAAAAAUAUCAAGACAAGUAUUACAAGGACUUUGUAAAGAUUUUAGAAAAACAUUCUGAACCUCAGAAUAAAUCGUUACAAAAUUGA